UUUCCGCUGCAGCAGCGAGAACGCACGGGCACGUCAAAAAAGAAAGGAAAAUGUGGACAGUUAGGACAAACUGAGGCGAGAGAAGGAACAUCGAGCAACAUAUAUCAUCUUUAUUGAGCUCGGUUGCCAAGAAGUUGUUAUUAUUUAAAGUUAGCAGACAAACAUUUGACAGUUUAAGGGUCGUUUCGAGGUUAACUUGCCCCCCUUGUUCUGUGGUGGUUCGCUUAGAGGAAGCAGCUCGGCUAGCCAGCUGAAUUAGCUAGCUAGCUCGCUAGAGAUGGGGACGAGAGCAAGUCGCCUACAUGAAGACCCGGUUCCCCCUGCUUACGGAAAAGAUGGCACAAAGCGGGAUUCCUAUAGGCGAACCCGCUGUACCAGGCCCACCAGUCUUAUGGUCGACUUCUCGGGGAGCUUCGAGGACACGGAGGCCAACCAAAGCCGAUCAGAGGAGGGCAGUGACUCGGACCUGGGGCAGCAUGGGGCGAGCGCCGACGGCAGUCCCGCUGACCACCACAGCAUCCCCUCUAGCAUUAGUCAAGCGUCUCCCGCGGACGACAACAACAGCGAGGGGAAACCCGAGGAAGACGGGAAUAUAAGUCCGGAGCGUCCCGUGGUAGCGGAACACCAGUCCGGAGAGGAGACAGGCCGCACGCCCCACCGCACUUUUUCCGAGCGGCUGCCCGGGAAUAGGCACUCCUCCGCCCGCAGCGUGGGCGCAAGAUCCGCCCGGGUUCGAGGCACACACCAGCGGCCGGUUUCAGAGGCUUGGAUCGGCCUUUACCGUGUUAACAACCGUCAUGGUAAUAUCCGCUGUCCUUUCUGCUCCAAGCCCUUCCCCGGGGGUCGGAUCGAGGAUCACCUGUUGAGCUGCCUCACGUCUCCUCCCCUACCAUACAAUACGGAUGUGCUCAGUAAAGACAGCGGCGAGUGCUCCAUCUGUUUGGAGGAUCUGGUACAGGGAGAGACCAUCGCCAGGCUGGCUUGCCUCUGCGUCUACCAUAAGAGCUGCAUUGAUUCCUGGUGCAAGGUGAAACCCUGCUGCCCUGAACAUCCCUUCGAUUGACACAUUUACUCUGCACAAUGACCAACCCGACUCAGGAGACUACACUGAAUCCCAAUAAAAUCCCAAUAAAAAUGUGUAAUUGAACAAACAAAAGUCCACAGUCCGUCUCCGACACAAACCUAUAUUUGAGCGGAGAACAGACGAUCCUAAGAAGAAGCUCCAGUUAGCGACAACCGGCGCUCUCCAUUUGGAUCGGUCCAUUUGAACUUGGUCUAGGCCAUUUCAAGCCAAACUCCAACAGUAAAAACAGCCACCCUGUCUCGGGUCUAAUCUCUGGUUGAGACCUUUGUUGGAACAAAAGUGGGGGAGGUUCCAUUUCCAUGUUAAGGACUUGGCUUGA